AUAUACGCAUGCAACCGGCAAAAAGCAUUUUGCUCCCCGUGACGCCAAUGGUGUAAUUUUAAAUUACUUGUUAUGCUUCAAUCAUCCCCAUACUAUCUUACUCGGCUACAUUGCUCAGCGAGGGGCUGGGUCAUGAGAUUAUUACCCCUUUAUGUUUGAAAUAAUUUUUACGGUCGUGGCACCAAUCCGACGCAUUUUUACAGCCACAAGCGCUCGCUGUAGUAAAAUGAACAUCUCUUGGCGCUAGCAAAUAGAAAUAAUAAUAAAACAGAUGCGCAAUACGGUUGAAUUCGAUUUUUUACCAUGGCGCAUGAAAAUGGAGUAAUUUUCGGCUAGCGUGCUCACCGAAGCUCCGGUGGAUGCUCAGCCGUACGUGCUGAAUAGUAUUCUAGACCAGUCAUAUAUACUUCAGCAGGUGCUAGCUAUUAAUAAUUAGAACCUUGAAAAAUUAACCUCGACAUCGUCCUUCUAAACUUGUAUAGCUAUAUAUAUCGAUCGAGCUAGGUAGAUACCCAGAAAAGGAAAAGAAAGUGCAUGGACAACAAAAAUAGGCAAGGUCCGAGCGCAGGAGGCGCCCCACCGUACCAUGCAGUACAUGUGUACGUGUGUGUAUAUAUCUCUCAUCGAUAUGAUCCUUGGACGAUUGCUUAGCUAGCUUCGUUCUAACAGCGCGCAACGGGGACGUACGUACGCCGCCGGCCGAGACGAAUUAAGGACGAUCGACGACGAUGCCGACAGCGACGCCGGUGAUGGCGUGCUUGCUGCUGCUGCUGCUGGUGGCGUCGACAGCGACGGCGCAUUUCCAGGUCGGCGACGUGGACGAGUACUGGACGAAGCGCGCGCAGGAGGCCCGCCUCAGAAACCGCGCCGCCGGGGCGGCGAUCAACGACCUCAUUUCCGGUGCCGCGCGCUUCCACGCGAACGUGGACGCGCGCGUGUAUGGCCGGCGCUCCAACCUGCAGGAUGCCGAGGAGGCACCAGCCAAGCCGACCGAAGCACAAGAUGCCGCCGCCGCUCAAGGUGGUGUCGGUGGCCAUUGACCACCGUACCACCAGUAAAAUCGAUCGACCCAUUUUUAUUUCAUUUCAUUUCAUUUGAGGCUGCACGCAUCAAUGCCGAUCCGAUCCUUGUUGGAUUAAGCUAAGUAUAUGUAUAUGUAUAUGUAUUUUUAUUACUAACCAUCUGUAAGCAUGCACAC